GGCCUAGCUCCGGUUAAGUAAAUGGCCGUGGCCUGGCUAAUAUGGCCGUUCGUGCUAUCUCUAACAGCACUUUCUGCUAAUUCGAUAACCGAAUCAGAAUCUUUGUUGAAAUUCAAGAAGUCAUUAACCAACACCAAGUCUCUUGAUUCUUGGACACCAGAUUCAGAGCCUUGUGGAGAAAGCAAACGAUGGAUCGGAUUGAUAUGCAACAAAAACUCUGUCUUUGGCCUUCAAAUCGAACAGAUGGGUCUAUCAGGAAAAGUUGAUGUCGCUCCAUUAAAAGACUUACCCUCUUUACGCACCAUAAGCAUAAUGAACAACUCUUUCUCUGGUGACAUACCCGAGUUUAACAGAUUAACCGCUCUGAAGUCGCUUUACAUAUCAGGAAAUCGAUUCUCUGGUAACAUCCCUUCUGAUUAUUUCGAAACAAUGGUAUCACUAAAGAAAGCGUGGCUGUCAAACAACAAGUUCUCUGGUCUCAUUCCUAUCUCAUUGGCAACUACAUUGCCAAAUCUCAUAGAGUUACGCCUCGAAAACAAUCAGUUCAUCGGAAGUAUACCUAAUUUCACACAAACGACUUUAGCUAUUGUUGAUCUAUCAAACAACCAACUAACCGGAGAAAUACCUCCCGGUUUGUUGAAAUUCGACGCCAAGAGUUUUGCGGGGAAUUCUGGCCUUUGCGGCGCGAAGCUAUCAACUGCAUGCCCGCAACCAAAAAAUUCGACUGCAUCGAUAACAAUAGAAGGAACAAUGAAAGAUGCAAAUAAGAGCAAAUACUUUCUAGCAUUCGGGACAUUAGGAGUGCUUCUUAUCGUCGUGCUUGUCUCCUUAGCUUUCCGAAAAAAGAAAAAGAAGAGACGGAGGAAGAAGGCACGACGUACCUCUGAACAAGACAAUAGUGAUGACCAACAAAUUCAGGUAACUGUUGAGGGAUCAAAUAGCUCAAGGCAGAGUAAGAGCAGUCGGUCCGGCGAAUUGAGUAAAGGUGUGGCUGGGACGACAGACCUAGUGAUGGUGAACAAGGAAAAAGGUGUUUUCUGUUUAUCGGACUUGAUGAAAGCGGCGGCUCACGUGCUUGGUAAUCCCGGCGGAGGAAGCAGCCGUCCUAGCAGUAGCGGAGGCGUGGGAUCUGCAUACAAAGCGGUUCUUUCAAACGGUGUCACGGUAGUGGUGAAACGAGUGACGGUAAUGAACCAAGUUAGUGUUGACGUAUUCGACAAGGAGAUUAGGAAACUAGGAAGCUUGCGACACAAGAACAUAUUAACGCCUCUAGCUUACCAUUUCCGACGAGACGAGAAAUUGCUAGUGUUUGAAUUCGUUCCUAAUCUGAGUUUGCUUCACCGAUUACACGGCGAUCACGAAGAAUUUCAACUAGAUUGGCCUUCUCGACUCAAAAUCAUUCAAGGAAUAGCUAGAGGAAUGUGGUAUCUCCAUAGAGAAUUAGGGUUUCUAAACCUACCACAUGGAAACCUAAAAUCGAGCAAUAUAUUUCUUGCGGAAGACGGCGAGCCACUCAUCUCCGAAUUCGGACUUCAAAAACUAAUCAAUCCCGACGCUCAAUCUCAAUCUCUUGUUGCGUAUAAAUCUCCAGAAGCGGAUCGUGAUGGAACCGUCUCUGCGAAAUCCGAUGUGUUUAGUUUCGGAGUCGUGGUUCUUGAGAUCUUGACCGGAAAAUUCCCGUCUCAAUACGCCGGUUUGAACAGAGCCGGUGGGGCAAAUUUGGUGGAGUGGAUUGGAUCCGCCGUGGAACAAGGUGGUUGGAUGGAUCUGCUUCAUCCGACGGUGGUUACCGCCGCCGCUGAAGAUAAAAUUUUAGAGGAGGAAAUUGAAAACGUUUUAAGGAUCGGUGUGAGAUGUACCGGAGAAGAUCCAGAUCAGAGACCGAAUAUGACUGAAGUCGUCGAUGAACUGACUAUUGAAGAUUCUAACGACGACUUUAUCACCAUAGAAACUUAGCUUCACCGUUUGAUCAAUUCCAACCGUUAGAUUCAUGCAAAUUCACCAUUUUUGUUUUUUCAGUUACGUUUUUUUUUUUUCUGUUUAAAUUUGUAUAUGAUUAAAGAAUCAACUUAAGGCUACUUGUAAACAAAAAAGGUGUGUUUUUACGUUUUGGGCAUAGAUUAGUUAUCAGUCUGUUUUGCUGUUUUUCAUUACCACUUGUAAACUUUGGUAUUAAACAUACAUCAUUAGC